GCACUGGGGCGGAACUGGGCGGCCGUCACGUAGCUCAGGUUUCCUAGUUGUGGUCGCGCGCGCUUGUCGGUUCUUGUGUCCCAGUCCUCCCCGUCCUUCCGCAAUCAUGCCGAUGUUCGUGGUGAACACCAACGUGCCCCGCGCCUCGGUGCCGGACGGGCUCCUCUCCGAGCUCACCCAGCAGCUGGCGCAGGCUACGGGCAAACCGGCCCAGUAUAUCGCGGUGCACGUGGUUCCGGACCAGCUCAUGGCUUUCGGCGGUUCGAGCGAGCCGUGCGCGCUCUGCAGCCUGCACAGCAUCGGCAAGAUCGGCGGCGCGCAGAACCGCACCUACAGUAAGCUGCUGUGUGGCCUGCUAUCCGAGCGCCUGCGCGUCAGCCCGGACAGGAUCUACAUCAACUACUAUGAUAUGAAUGCAGCCAACGUGGGCUGGAACGGCUCCACCUUCGCCUGAGGGCCACGCCACCCCUAUCCAGCUGGACCAGACCCCAGACCUCGCCACCACUAGCAUUUGCCCAACCUGCCCCCAGGGACCUCCCAUUUCAACGGUCGGGAGAAAUAAAUGGUUUGGAGACCUUA